AUCGCUGACACCACACCGGGGACGAGCUCGCAGACAAGUCAGGCCGGGGGGACCAGGCAGCCAGGAGCACCCAAGGCAGGAAAAUGAGGUGGCUCCUUCUCUCUCAUGCUCUGUGCUUCUCCUUGUUGAAGGCUUUGGCCCACAUAGUGGAGCUUAACAAUAUGUUUGGCCAGAUUCAGUCGCCUGGCUAUCCAGACUCUUAUCCAAGUGAUUCAGAGGUGACGUGGAAUAUCACUGUCCCAGAGGGAUUUCGGAUCAAGCUUUACUUCAUGCACUUCAACUUGGAAUCCUCUUACCUUUGUGAAUACGACUAUGUGAAGGUAGAAACUGAAGACCAGGUGCUGGCAACCUUCUGUGGCAGGGAGACCACAGACACAGAACAGACCCCUGGCCAGGAAGUGGUCCUGUCCCCUGGCUCCUUCAUGUCUAUCACUUUCCGUUCAGAUUUCUCCAAUGAGGAGCGAUUCACAGGCUUUGAAGCCCACUACAUGGCUGUGGAUGUGGACGAGUGCAUGGAGCGAGAGGACGAGGAGCUGUCCUGUGACCACUACUGCCAUAACUACAUCGGCGGCUACUACUGCUCCUGCCGCUUCGGCUACAUCCUCCACACAGACAACAGGACCUGCCGAGUGGAGUGCAGUGACAACCUCUUCACGCAGAGGACUGGCGUGAUCACCAGCCCCGACUUCCCCAGCCCUUACCCUAAGAGCUCCGAAUGCGUCUACACCAUUGAGCUGGAGGAGGGUUUCAUGAUCAGCCUGCAGUUUGAGGACAUUUUCGACAUUGAGGACCAUCCUGACGUGUCCUGCCCCUAUGACUACAUCAAGAUUAAAACCGGUCCAAAAGUUUUAGGGCCCUUCUGUGGAGAGAAAGCCCCAGAACCCAUCAAUACCCAGAGCCACAGCGUCCAGGUCCUGUUCCACAGUGACAACUCAGGCGAGAACCGGGGCUGGAGGAUGUUGUACAGUGCAACAGGGAAUGAGUGCCCCAAGCUGCAGCCUCCUGUCCAUGGGAAUAUCGAGCCCUUGCAAGCCAAGUACUUUUUCAAAGACCAGGCGCUCAUCAGCUGUGACACAGGCUACAAAGUGCUGAAGGAUAAUGUGGAGAUGGACACAUUCCAGAUCGAGUGUCUGAAGGAUGGGACAUGGAGUAACAAGAUUCCCACCUGUAAAAAAACGGAAAUGGAUGUGGAGAGCGAACCUGAGUCAGAGCAAGUGGCAGAGUGAAUGGCGGGACCCCACACAGUGCAGACAUCCAGGAAUGGACCACUCACAAGACCCCUGGGUCCCAGAGCUCCUCCAUCCCUCCCCAUCCUGCCAACACUCCAUUUCCCAUUUCAGCGUGGAUUAGAAUGGAUGCUGAACAAGGCAACACAGGCCUAAGCAGUUGAAACCCCGGCAUAUAUAACAGCUCUCCUUUUGAGGGUUCACCCAUCAUACAAACAUUAUGCUGAAAAGAUAAUGAAAAGAUAAUGGAGGAUUUUUUUUUUUUAGCACUUCUAUGUGGACUAUACUCUUCUCAUAGGAAAAAUGGCUUUCAUUCUAGAGACAUUCACAUGGUCUUAGGUGGACCAGGUCAAAGUGGGCCCUGAUUUCCACUCCACACUUCAAGUUUAAAUGGGCCAGAAUGCCUGUGACUUUAUGACUUUAAUAUUUGUCCCCAUUGCUACUUUCUUAAUAACCAUGAGUAGGUGAAACUAACAAUAACUCAUAUAGCAUGGAUUUUUAGGAAACCUAGACCUAUUCUCAUGCCCAAGAGCUUCUCUUCCACCUAUACCUAACACAGGGCUGAAAUUCCAUCAUCAGAAGAUCUUUCCUCUGGGGUUUACAAAUUUUGCAUUUCUGAAAAUUCCCUAAUUAAAGUUUUUCAAAAGAUAGGUAUCAUGCUUGAAAGCAGCAAUCCUCAGCUCUGGUGCCAUGGGACAUCAGUGGGUCAUAAAUAAUGAUAAAGGGCUGUGGAGGGUGGAAAUCUCUGCUUCAGCCUGAACAAAAUCUGGGUAGACAUAUCAGAGCACCCCUGCAUUACAUGGUGACUGCUCAGUCUAUUUGCUGAUUGAAUGGCCUCUUGAUGAAGGCAGAAUCCUGCAAAGUCGGACAAUGAAUGGUCCGGAGACUGCAGCACCAUCCUAGGUCAAGGGUACCCUUGAGAGGGGAGAUGGGGCAAUCACUAAAGUUAAGCAUCAGUUGAAUCAAUAUUUUUAAGACCACAAAGUUUAACAGGUCUUGUACUCAAUGUGAGUGAGGGGAUCGUAAUUUAGACAGAAGAUAUGAUAUAAACCCAAAUAAUUGCAAUACCAGGCAACUUAAGAUACAUGCCUCAGAGAGCAAUGAAUAAAGGGCCAUGCAAGGAGAAAUGAGGAAGCAGCCCUAUCCAAUUAGAAGAAUGAGAAAAGCCUUUCAAGAAGCAGCGAUGUUCGAUCAAGGCCUGGAGGGCAGCCAGAGCAUGAACCACGGGGUUUCCUGUGUAGGGAAAGCAACAGCACAGUGAGGGGUGUGUGACGCUGGAAUGCAAGGGCACCGCAGGAGGGACGAAGAAGAAAGUGGGGUGGGACAGGUCAGGGGCAUCCCUGGGACCUGAGGGCCAGGUGAGAUGAUUGUGUGUGGUUCCCUAGGAAGCCCCAAGACUGUGUCAACGUAUCCUCAGGGUGGCAGGUCAAGAAAGACAUGUCUGAAGGAAAGUAAAUGGCAGGAAGAGUGACAGUGGAGACAGGGUGUGGGUGGCACAACCCAACCCAGAGACUGAUGAGAAUGGGAGGCCAAAGGAAAGGGGAAGGAAAGAGCGUUUUGAUCCCAGAGUGUGGAAGUGGCCAGACACACUUUAGAGAAGAUGAUGAGACCCUUUCCCAAGCAAAGAAGAUGGACUAACUGAGGAAGCAGGGUCUGGAUCUAGCAUCUUGGAUUGUGGCAGGCAGAACUCAAAGGGUCUUCCGAAAGAAAAGCUGUCUCUAGGUCCCAGAGACGCAUGGCUCUUUGCCUGCCAGUGUAGACUUGGGGAAAAGGUUCACCUCUUCCCCACUCACUAUACCCAAGCUGAAAUGACCCUCUAUUUUCCACUAUCUGUCACCCCCUGUGUCUGGUUGUAAAACCAGCUUCAUCAGUGGGCAAAGUUACUUCUCUGGAGUAAAGUAAAAGCAGGCCCUCCGUCCAGACAAUCUCUCUGCACCAGUGCUGGCUGCAUACAGGCUCUCAGUGGCCUGACCACCUAGCCAUGUCUACGACUGACCCUGGAAUCCUCCACCCAGAACUAGGUAUUAGGUCUUGAGGAUAAUUUGGGCAAAAUAAAUUGCUAGACCGAAGUUAAGGGACUCAGAGUAAUACAAAGAUCCAGGCACUAAUCAAUGGUAUUUCCUAAAAAAGGAAGAAAAAUCUGCUUAGAGACUCUGCAGGAAAAUUCUUUUAAAAUUGUUUAUAGCUUUAGAUAGUAAAUAUUAUUGCCUCUUGUUAUCAUAGUGCUGACCCUUACAUGCUUUCUCCUCAGAGCAGAAGGGUGUCUCUACCUUUGGGAGAGCAAAACAAAUGGGAGCGAUUUGUCCAGGGGGAUUGGAGGCCAGGAAACAACGCUAACCAGUUCUCUUGGCGUUUGCCUUCCUUGUAGAUAGGAGGUACCUACCUGCUUUUACUCCCAUGCUUCAUCCCUCUCCUCCACCCUGAAGGGUCUUAGAAUCAUCUGUAUUUUCAGUUAGAUAACUCUCUGUUCAAUCAAAAAUAUAAAUGUGGAGUCCUAAAGUUAAAAAUCACAAUUUCUGAAUAGCGUCUCAGGGAUAAACUGCCCCUAUCUCUGUUUCCCAAGAUGACCAGGUAAAAUUCAGGAGGAGGGAAACUCUGGCUUUAGAAUGUGAUCCUCUGAAAUUAUCAGAAGAUGGACAGCUAAUGUCCACCAUUACCCAGCUAAUAUUGAUUACAGGCCGUUUUCACUAGAAAACAGAUCCUAAGAACCGCGAGUCUGGUUUACUUAAAAAAACACUGAGUUUAAGGUCAUGUCUAGUUCUCUGACUGUAACUCACUAUGUGACCUUAGACCAGUCAAGUCUCCCCGCUGGGCUCAUCUGUAAUCAAGAUGAUGUUCUAGGUUGCCUGACUUCAGGUUCCUUUCCACCUGCGAAGUUCUGAGUCCUCUGGGAUUCUUCAAUUCUGGCAGAGGCUGUUUGAACUAAGAUUAGGAUUUCCUUAGAAAUGAGCACCAUCUUCUAACAAAGGCCCCUGAAGAGACAUUGACAAAUUGCAUCCUCAGCUCCUGACCUGGCUCCUGGCUGACUCGUGCUGGCACCUCCCCUAAGACUUGGCUGGACUGGCAAGCUCUCCUAAGGUCACCUCUGAGGAGCAGCCAUCUUUGGUCUUGCCCUACAGCCAGCCCCAACGUCCAGCCACCAACAACCAGAGAAAA